AUGGAGAAGCAGCCCGAGAACCAAGCCGCCGCCGAGCCCGCGGACUCCGGAGGGGAAGGCGGGGCGGGCGGGCCGCCACAGGUCGCCGGCGCCCAGGCGGCGCGCAGCGAGGACCGCAUGACCCUGCUGCUCAGGCUGAGAGCACAGACAAAACAACAACUCUUAGAGUAUAAGUCGAUAAUUGAUGCAAAUGAAGAAAAAACUCCAGAACAAAUCAUGCAAGAAAAGCAAAUUGAAACUAAAAUUGAAGACCUGGAAAAUGAAAUUGAAGAGGUAAAAAUUGCUUUUGAAAUGAAAAAUCUUGCACUAAACAGGAUGCAACUUUCAACUGCGCUUAAAAAAAACCUGGAAAAAAUUGACACCAAAACUAGUGUGCUCAUGGAUAACAUGAAACAUGUAUUAAAACUAAAUAAGUUAAUAAUGAAAUCACAACAGGAGUCUUGGGAUUUAGAGGAAAAACUGCUUGAUGUUAGAAAGAAGAGACUGCGUAUGUAG